AUGCCAUUACCUUCAGAAACCAACACUGUGAUAUUACAGAAUCCGCCCCUCAAAGAAGUAAAGCUUGAGUUCGGCCAAGCUGAUUCAACUUUUAAAUUGAUUACAUCCAAAUUGGAUGCUUCUAUUAUCAAGGAAGGAGAAUUGGUUGUAAGGGUGUUAUAUCUUUCAAAUGACCCAACUCAAAGAGGUUGGAUUCAAAAGGGCUUGAACCCCAAGCGAAUGUAUGUCAAACCAGUUUUGCAAGGAGACCCAAUGAAGUCCAUGGGUAUUGGAGAAGUGGUUUAUUCCAAAUCAUCCAAAUUUCAAGAAGGAGACAUUCUCAAUGGGUCAUUGUAUUGGGCAGAUUAUGCAAUUAUCGAUGAGUCUGCUGUAAUAAAUAAAAUCAACCCUCGUAAAGGGCUUCCAUUGGAGCUUUAUUUGGGACCUUUAGGAGGAACAGGCUUAACAGCUUAUUUCGGAUUGAAAGAUAUUGGAAAAAUCAAGGAAGGGCAAACAGUUGUCAUUUCUGCUGCUUCUGGUGCAACUGGUUGUAUGGCAGUUCAAUUGGCCAAACAUGUGUUUAAGGCAGGCAAAGUUAUUGGAAUCACUGGUUCAAAAGCUAAUGGAGAUUGGGUCAAGUCCUUAGGGGCAGACAUAGUUGUCAAUUAUAAAGAUACUGAUUUCCGAAAGCAAUUGGCAAAAGCCAUUGGUCCUGAUUUUGCGGAUAUAUACUUUGAUGGUGUUGGUGGUGAUAUCUUAUCGUUUAUGCUUACACAAAUGAAACCAUUUGGUCGUGUUGUAGCAUGUGGAGCCAUUGCUGGAUAUAAUGAUUUCACUAAGCAGUUUGUCAAGACUUGGUCUGAAAUCAUUACCAACAGACUUACAGUUCAAGGUUUCAUUGUUCUUGAUUAUGUAGACAGAUUUGGAGAGGGUACUGAUGUACUUGCUAAUGCCAUAGCUGAAGGUAAAGUUAAGAUCGAUUCCGGUGUUGAUUUACGAGACAUUUCCAAAUCCUCUACUAGGUUCCAAGAUAUCCCUCAGGUAUGGAAUACAUUGUUUACCGGUAAAGGUGCUGGGAAGUUAGUUACUAAGUUAUAA